GGCAACAGGAAGAGCAAGGAUAACAGCAGAAAUAGGGCGUCUGGGGUGAGCAACGCAACGCCAACGUCAAGCCCUCUUCUGGAACGCCAGCGCAAAAAGGAAAGGUGAGACCGAACCGCCACAUAUGGACAAAGGCAAAAACGUGGAGCGGGCGGAUGAUACCGCCUUUCGCCGCCUGCAGGACUUGAAGCAGCUGCACGACAACCAAACCACCUUACAAUCACACGUUACCCAAAUCCUCUCCCUCACCCGCGCCCUCGACCACACCGACACCCUCCUGGCCGAACUCUCCGGCGCAGCCCACACCCUCAAACGCGAACGCACCCUCCUCCUCUCCCAUCUCGCAUCCAUCACCUCCGAUCUAACCACCAUCGCGUCACGCACAACCGCGCUGCAGGAUGCGCAGAUAAAACGACGCGCGGAGCUGGAUGCGUUGAGAAGGGAUGUGUACGAGCCGUUGAGGGAGGUUGUGGAGGCGGGACGCGCGGAGUUUGGGAUGGAGGCUUUGGAGGGGGUUGAAAAGGUGGUGGAGAGGGAGGCGGCCACAAUCUUAGAGGAGCGACGAAAGAAGUGGAGGGAUGUGGGGGUGGGUGGGGAGGGAGUGUUUGUUGAGGGAGAUGUACCGGCUUUGGAGGGCGGGGUUGGUUCGUUGACGUCUACCGCGAGGGAUGCCGGUUGGACGACAUCUGGGGAGCCAAGUUCACAUUCACGGAAGCGCCGUAUAUCGAGUCAAACCGCAGCAGCUGUCCAGUCGCCAACGGAUACCGCACACUUCACUUCCACUCCAAACCGGAAAUACGGUGCCAGGCUAGGCAGACCUCCGUCCACAUCCUCAUCCACCUCUCGACCCGCCUCUGCCUCUACCACCCCAUCGACACCACAUCCGCCAACAAAACGCCUCAAACUGCGCACAGGCUCCGCAUCGCUGCCGUCCUCGCCAACGAGUGCUAGUCGGCGUGUUACUUUAUCGGCUUCUUCGGAAGUGAUGCCGGAGGGAGAGCCGGUGGUGAAGAAGAGGAGGGGACGGCCGCCUAAAAGCUAGUGGGGUUUCGGACGUGUAAUGGUUUCAGGCCUGCUUGGGCCGACGAAUAUUUUGGUUCGUCCAACAUUGCGUCGAGUGGACGCACGCUACUGCGUUCAGAAACGCGGUAUGUUCUGUUUUUGCCACGGGAAAGUUCGAGCACCGAACAGCAUCCUGAUACUCUUCCGAUUUUGGCGUACCUCCUGCGCAGCCCGGUGAUGACGGCCCAUCACCUUCGUCGAUGUGCAACCGUCAUUGCAGGUGGAAUAUCUCGUUAGUAAACCCCAACAUCAGGAGAGAGAUUUU